AUGGUCAUACUUCAACUUGUGGUGGUUUCGGCCUGUAUCAGCUUUGGCAGUGUCCAUAGUAUCGCAGUUGAUUUGAUAUCUGCUGUAGUUGCUAGUGCUGAUAUCAAGUGUGCAAAGGAGACACGACAACGCGUAGAUUGCUAUCCACCAAGUCCACAUUUUCCAGAGCCGACAGAAGAAUUGUGUCUUGCUCAAGGUUGUUGUUGGAAAAGUCUCGAGAAUGAAGGUAUUCCAUGUGCUUUUGCAAUGGAAGAAAGCUCUCACGUGAAUGCAAAGUGCCAAAACAUUGCCAAGUCGUCACGUUUAGCGUGUCGCAACCCACGAUUUGCAUCUUCUAAGGUAUUGGAAGACGCUGACACUUGUGAAUCAAUUGGCUGUUGCUAUGACGAUGGUGACUGUUUUCAGCCUCUAUCGGAUGGAUAUGAGCUACUAACAUUGGACAAGACAAGAAAUGGAUGGCGUGGGACGCUGGCAAUGCGUCAUGGAAGUCGUGGACCAUUUGGAAACGAUGUGCCUCUGCUAGAGCUACACGUAGUCCGGGAGUCGGCAAGUCAAGUUCGGAUCCGUAUCACUGACCCAGCGUUUCCACGAUACGAAGUACCAGAUCUACCUGUACGGCUUCAGAAAGAGAACGAAAGAAAUAUGGGGGAGGACGAAGUUGAUUACAAGGUUCACUUUACGCCAUGGCCGUUUGGAGUUGCAGUCACACGUCGACACUCUGGUGAGGUGCUGUUUAAUUCAACGCCUCCGGAAAACGCUAGUACCUUCAGUGGCUUGAUAUUUGAAAAUCAGUUCCUUGAGAUGUCAACCCAAUUGAUACCUGGUGAAGACGACGAAGAGCCUGUUUUGUAUGGACUUGGUGAACGACGAGGGAAAGCGCGUCUUUAUGCAGAUAAUGAAGGAGAUCUGUACCCGAUGUUUGCACGAGCGCCAAACGUAUCCGCUCCUGUGCAUGCUCGCAGUGGUGGUGACAAUCUUUACGGCGUACAUCCUUUCGUGAUGCAGCUGGAGGACGGUCAAUCAGGCAAUGCCCACGGUAUAUUUAUGCUGUCCUCGAACGCGAUGGAGGUCGUGGCGCGCAGCGAUGCCCUAACAUACCGGCUCACGGGUGGCGUUAUCGAUGUCUUUAUCUGUUCUGGUCCAACUCCACACGAUGUUAUUGAACAAUACACAGAUAUUGUUGGUCGUCCAGCUAUGCCUCCUUAUUGGGCCUUGGGCUAUCAUCUGGGCCGGCAUGGAGAAGCAGCUUCGGUUGAUGAUGCGAUGGACGUCGUUACGCGGCUCCGCACAGCUGGUGUCCCUAUGGAUGCGUACUGGCACGGUUUCGAGUACAUGGCAAAUGAUAGACGUGCGCUCUCGUUGGAUGAAAGAAAGCGUUUACAACGCGACAUGCGCGCGUUUAUUGACGACUUGCACUUUCACAGUCAGUAUGUGAUGUGUAUCCAGGUUCCGACUAUUUCUUUGUCAAACACGUCAAUGAACGGUGAGCAUGGUGAUGAAAUAGCAAGGUACAGUGCUGUGAUGAACGUAAAACCGAAUAUUCUUGCAUUGCAUGGUCGUGAUGGAAGAAACAAGAGUGAAGAUGCCGGAUACGGCGAUGACAAUGCUUCUGGCAAUGAGGCCGAUACGAAAAGUAGUAGCGAUCGAGAUGGCACUUAUGUGGACGACAACCACAGCGCUUCUGAUGGUCAAACGGAAAGUGACCGUGAUCAUCGCAGCAGCGACCAAGAAGGUGAAGGAGAAUGGGAUCCAAUUGCGCGCGGUCAAGAGCUUGAUGUUUUUGUAAAAGGGGUCAAUGGCGAGCGUUACGCGCAGAAAGCGUUCCAAUCUGGCUGGGCGGUGUUUGUAGACUUUUUUCACCCUGAAGCAUUGCGCUAUUGGCACGAGCAACUGGCUACCAUCCACAAGUAUGUUGUGCCUUUCGACGGUCUGUGGCUAGACAGAAACGAACCCAGCACUGCUUGUGACUGCACUUUGGCUGCCGAAGAUGACAUUUGUGCUCAUGUUUGCAGUGAGCGCCAUCAGACCAGAGCAGAGUCGCUGUAUGACAAUGGGGUCGAUGAUUUGCAAGAAUUUGCAUUUGGGGUUGAUGGCGGGUUUAUUCGUACACAAGACGUGAGUUUUCCGUUUGAUCCGUAUCGUCAACCAUUUGCUCCGGGGCAGAACAAUCCCAACAGUGGGGGACAUGGCAAUCUGAACUCUGCUACGCUACCAAUGGCGGCGCUUCAUCAUCUAUCACUCCAUUAUAACCUUCAUUCUCUGUAUGGCCAUGAGCACGCUCGCGCUACGCGACACGCUCUCGACGCCAUUGUUAAGAAACGCAGUGUGCUGCUUUCUCGCUCAACUUUCUCUGGAAGUGGUCGAUAUACUGGUCACUGGCUGAGCGAUGAUGCAGAAGCUUCCUGGGAACAACUGCGCUUGUCGAUUUCUGGGACAUUGCAGAUGAAUUUGUUGGGUGUUCCACUAACAGGACCGAACGUGUGCGGCUCUAGAGGACGAUCGUCGAGAGAGCUUUGCGUACGCUGGCAUCAAGCUGCGUCAUUUUUGCCACUAAUUCGCAACCAUGCCGAAAGUGACGUAGCCAAACAAACGCCUAGUGACUUCGAUGCCGAUGCCCUGAACAUUUUGCGGGCAACUCUUUUGAGACGCUAUCGGUACCUGCCGUAUAUGUAUACUCUUUUCUACAAGGCACAUCGUUCGGGCACUCCUGUGGCUCGACUGCUUUCGUUUGAAUUUCCAGAUGACAAGAACGCACGAAAUAUUGAAAAUCAGUAUUUACUAGGUCCGGCCCUGAUGAUAUCACCCGUCGUGCAUGAAGGCGCUAUCUCUACAGAGGUGUAUUUCCCUGCUGGUCAUUGGUACGAUGCUCAUAGUGGCAAAAUGACGUUGGAUCCUGCGGCUAGUGGUAAUCGACGUGUUAGUUUGUUGACCCCGUUGCCCAAGCUUCAAGUUCAUCUUCGUGGAGGUUAUAUUGUCCCAACGCAACAAUCUCUUACUACAACAGCUCUUUCUCGACGAGGAGCUUUCACGCUUCUCGCGGCGCUCGAUAAAACACAGGAAAAUGCAUCGGCGGCUGGAGAGCUUUAUAUUGAUGAUGGUGAUUCACUGCUGGCUGUGGAAGAUCACCGAUACUCAUUGGUAAGCUUUGACGUAUAUCAAAAUGCAAGCGAUACAAUUGAGUUUAAGAGCUCGGUUAAAUUUCACGGAUACGCUGGACCCGAGAUGCAUGCAGACCUCAAAGAAGUGCGCGUGUAUGGUGUGUAUGGAAAUGGUUUUGCAGCAAAUUCGUCAAUGGACGCAACACUUUUGUCACCGAAAGGAGGAUCUUCGCGUCAGCAUUCAGUGAAGGCCGACUACUUUGCGCAGUCAGACAUGCUGGUUCUGUCUCGUCUUGAUAUGUCAAUUGGUCAGGAAUUUCAUGUAAAGGUGGUGGCCCAACCUGCUGCGGCACCUGGACCCGGAAAGAAGGAGAAGUCGGUAGACGCCAACACUUCCGGUAAGCCUGAAAAGGAUGAAAAUGAGAAUGGCAACUCGACUAGUGGAUCUGGUACGGAAGGCAAAGGAUCGACAAAUACAUCUCAUGGAAAGAAGGGUUCCAAGUUUUCAAUCACUGGUAUUGUGGGUAUCGUCGUGGGCUGCGCUUUUUUGGCUGCGAUCAUCCUGGUCUUUCUAUUGCGCCGUCGUCGCCGAGGUUAUGAAACAAUAUAA